CUCGACUUCCCGAUUGUCUCUCCUUCCCCCAUUGUACUCGCCUGGCUUUCCCUCACCUUGUCCAGGUCUCACUCACUCUUUCCUUCCAGCCAUCUCUGCUCCUACCCGCGGUCCAACUCCCUCGCUAACGUUGGAUCUUUCUUCUUCUUAUACCUUUCUCGCCGAAUUCUCUUACUGCUUGGUUCUCUCACUCUCUUGAGAAUCUUAGUCCCGCUCUUCACUCUCAAGCCCACCAUUAAAGCACGCCCACGCACUCGCUUCGAGCAUUUCGAAUAGACCACCGAUACACACCAUGAAGGGCUUCACAAUCAUCUCAGCCCUCGCGGCUCUGGGCGCCGUUUCUGCCUCUCCUACUCCCACUGAGAAGGAGCCCCCUACCAAGCGCUCCGGUAGCCUGCCCACUGUCACGGCUUCCGGCAACGCUUUCUGGACUGGUAAGGACCGCUGGUACAUGCGAGGCAUAGACUACCAGCCCGGCGGUGCCUCGGCGAACAUCGACCCUCUGGCUGAUCCCGAUACUUGCCUUCGUGACAUCAAGGAGUUCGAGAAGCUCGGCGUCAACACUAUCCGUGUCUACGCUGUCGACAACAGCAAGGACCACGAUGAGUGCAUGAAGGCCCUGGACGAUGCCGGCAUCUACCUCGUCCUGGACGUCAACAACCCCCAGUAUUCCAUCAACCGUGCAGACCCUCACAUCUCGUACAAUGCCAAGUACCUCCAGAGUGUCUUUGCCACCAUCGAUAUGUUCGCCAGGUACGACAACGUCGCUGCUUUCUUCUCCGGCAACGAGGUCAUCAACGAUGAGCCAGGCACCGACAAGGCUGCUCCUUACGUCAAGGCCACCACCCGUGACAUGAAGAACUAUCUUUCCUCGCGUGGUCUGCGCCAGGUCCCUGUCGGCUACUCGGCGGCCGAUGUCGCCCAGAACCGCAUGGAGACCGCAGAGUACUUCAACUGCGGCUCUGAUGACAUGCGCUCUGACUUCUUCGCUUUCAACGACUACUCUUGGUGCAACUCGGACUUCAAGACCUCGGGCUGGGACCAGAAGGUCAAGAACUUCACCGACUACGGUCUGCCCAUCUUCCUCUCCGAGUACGGCUGCAUCAAGAACCGCCCCCGCGAGUUCGAAGAGCUUAGCGCCUUGAUGACCGACGAGAUGACUAGCGUCUACUCUGGUGGUUUGAUGUACGAGUACUCUCUCGAGGACAACGACUACGGCAUUGUCAAGAUCAAGAAUGGCAAAGCGGAGGAACAAAAGGAGUUUGACCUUUUCAAGGCUGCUCUCAAGAAGUACUCCAUGCCCACUGGCGACGGUGGUGCCUCCAAGAAGUCGCACUCUUCCGACUGCCCGUCCAAGUCAUCCAACUGGCAAGUCGACUCGAACAUGAUCCCCGAAAUGCCUGAGGAGGCUCAGAAGUACAUGAAGAACGGUGCUGGCGAUGGUCCUGGUCUGGACGGCUCCGGUUCGCAGACGGCUGGCGACAGCGGCACGGCUACUGCUAGUGUCAGUCAAGGUCAGGCUUCCCCAACGGGUUCCUCUACCGAUGGCAGUGGCUCCGGUUCAAGUGACAACCAGGACGAUGGGGCCAUGUCGCUACGCGCAGCUGGCGGCGCCAUCGCCAUGACGACCUUUGCUAUGCUUGGCGCGCUGUUGUUGUAAGACAGAGCUGGGAGAUGUUGAUCUUGGUUUGCAUGGUACGCAUAGACACUAAUUAGAGCAUGUACUGUUGUUUCAUCAUUCAUCUUCAUACGGCGCAAGGGGCGCCUCGCUGUGCGAACUUCGCAUGAGGCCGGGGGCUCAAUCUUCCUUAGCUUUGACAUUUUUCUUCAAGCGGGUUAUUGCACUGGACCGCCGUCUUCUACGGACGAGGCUAAGCACCGCCGUAAAUAAACUCGUAUCUUUACAAAGUCCAUGAUCCCGCGCGCCUAUGGAGGUGAGACUUGAAUAAGCCCACAAUAGCUACACUAAGAAGGUUAGAAGACAUCUC